AAUUCACUCCAAUGUAGCUCUUCAACGUAACAUGACGGCAAAGCAGAACUAGCGCUCGGUGGGCUUGAGUCACACACACAUACACACACACACACAUACUGAGAGAAGAGCAGCAGCAACAGCAGGAGUCAGUUGUGAAGAGGCUGUCUGUCAUCAGGAUAUCUCAUCUGGGAUUUCGCUGUUGUAAUACUAAUGGACAUCUCUCAUUUUCAACAUCCCAUCUGAUCCCUUUAAGUCGGAACCACUCCCAGCAGCCCAUUCUCCUCUAAAGUGAUUCAGACCUAGAGAUGCCUGUCUGCGAACAACUUUAAGUCGAACUGACAGAUUCAUUUUAAGACUUUCCACGUCUUUUGCUUCACAAAGAAAACAUACAAGGUCAUACUACGAGCUAGACUCCCUGCAUGGGAGAGAGCUGCUUCAAUCAAACUGAGGCUUUUAAAGAUCUGCCGUCCCCCAUCUCCGGCCGACCCUCCGCGCUCUGCUUUCUGUCAGGAUGAGUGACUCACAGGAAGCGACGUCCCCGGUGGCGGGAAUAGGAGGACCUGCCGCCUGCGUAUGCAAGGUGGAGCUGCGAGUUUCCUGCAAGUCCCUGUUGGACCGAGACACGCUCAAUAAGUCUGACCCCUGCGUCAUUCUCAUGGUACAGAACCAAGGUCAAUGGACUGAACUGGACCGUACUGAGGUGAUCAAGAGCAACCUGAAUCCAGUCUUCGCUAAGGUCUUGAUGCUGGACUACUAUUUUGAGGAAGUGCAGAAACUGCGAUUUGAAGUGUACGACAUUCACGGAGCUCACAGUAUUGGAACACGCGAUGACGACUUCCUAGGUGGUGUGGAGUGCACACUUGGACAGAUAGUGGCCCAAAAAAAGAUGAUGAAACCUCUGUUGCUGAAAUAUGGAAAAUAUGCAGGAAAAUCCACCAUCACGAUUCACGCAGAGGAGAUUUCUGGGAACAAUGGCUACGUGGAGCUUUCCUUCUGUGCCAAGAAACUGGAUGAUAAGGACCUCUUCAGCAAGUCAGAUCCAUUCUUGGAGAUUUACCGAAUCAAUGAUGACGGCACAGAACAGCUUGUACACAGAACUGAAGUGAUUAAAAACAAUCUGAACCCUGUGUGGGAACCCUUUAAGGUGUCUCUCAUUUCCCUGUGCAGCUGUGACGACGAAAGGAAGUUAAAGUGCUUAGUCUGGGACUACGACUCCAGGGGAAAGCACGACUUCAUUGGUGAAUUCUACACUAAUUUCAAAGAAAUGCAGAAGAUUUCUUCAGGAAACAAGGUCACGUGGGAGUGCAUCAAUCCCAAAUACAAGCUGAAGAAGAAGAACUACAAGAACUCAGGCUUGGUUAUUCUCAGCGAUCUCAAGCUUCACAGAGUCUAUUCCUUCCUGGACUACAUCAUGGGAGGCUGCCAAAUACACUUCACAGUUGCCAUAGACUUCACGGCGUCCAAUGGGGACCCUCGCAAUAGCUGUUCCCUGCACUACAUCAACCCAUAUCAGCCCAACGAGUAUCUGAAAGCUUUGAUAGCCGUGGGGGAGAUCUGCCAGGAUUAUGACAGUGACAAACGAUUCUCUGCUUUGGGCUUCGGAGCAAGAAUUCCACCUAAUUAUGAGGUGUCUCAUGAUUUUGCCAUUAAUUUCAACCCAGAGGACGAUGAAUGUGAAGAGAUCCAGGGGGUCGUGGAAGCCUACCAAAACUGCCUGCCCAAGAUCCAGCUCUACGGUCCCACCAAUGUGGCUCCCAUCAUCAACAGAAUAGCCAAACAGGCGGCUGGAAAAGAGCCCAUCAAAGACGCUUCUCUGUAUCAUAUCCUACUGAUCCUGACAGACGGGGUGGUCACAGACAUGGCGGACACACGGGAGGCGAUUGUCCGGGCCUCAUACCAGCCCAUGUCCAUCAUCAUAGUGGGAGUGGGAAACGCAGACUUCACAGACAUGCAGAUCCUCGAUGGAGACGACGGGGUCCUGCGCUCACCCAAAGGAGAGCCCGUCCUGAGGGACAUCGUCCAGUUUGUGCCCUUCAGAGACUUUAAAACGGCAUCACCAGCUGCCCUGGCUAAAUGUGUCCUAGCGGAGGUGCCCAAACAAGUGGUGGAGUACUUCAGCCACAAGGCCAUACCGCCUAUGAACCCGGUGCUCAAUUCAAGCCCCAACUCCAUCGCCAACACACCUGAAUAACUCUCAAAAC